AUGCCCGCUGAAGCAAUGACUAACCUUCGGGAUAUACCCGGCAAAGGUAAGGGGUUGAUUGCUACUAGGAAAAUCCCCAGGGGCACUCGAAUACUCUCUGAAGAGUCCGUCAUUACGGUCCCCGAAGGCUGUACCGACAGCAGAUCCAUGCGAGCAUCCAUACGCCGGCAGGUUGACAAACUCAAUCCAGACCAGCUCCAGGCUUUCCUAGACAUGGGCAAUAACUAUCCCGACGCCUCUCAACACUAUGGAAUAGUUCGAACAAACGCUCUUCCUAUGGAUGACGAAAGUGGAAUCUUCCUCGUUGCAUGCCGUAUCAACCACGCCUGCGACAACAACGCUCAAAGGAUUUGGAAUGAGUCCAUCAAAAUACAUACAGUCCAUGUCUUGCGCGACAUUGACGAGGGCGAAGAGAUCACCAUCUCGUACCUUCAAGAUGUCUUGAACAAUCGACGAACACGACAAAAGGCACUUCGAGAGAAGUUCAAUUUCGAUUGUACUUGCCAUCUUUGCUCCCUCCCGUUCAAGCUGAGCGUCGAAAGCGACAGACGUAUUGAUGAGAUCUUGAAACUGGAGAAUCGUGUGGCUCAAAACGGUAUCAAUGGGAUCAUGCGGGACCCAGAGCGGAUGCUUCGAUACGUGGAACGACAGGUUGAACUGUACAGCGAACAUGAUACCAACGAUGUUGGCUUACCGAGAGCUUUCUUUGAUGCCGCUCAGAUUACUGCCGCCCACGGGGACCUGGCCAGAUCUUAUAUCUUAACUGAGCGGGCCGCAGCCGGAUGGCGUCUCAUCCUAGGCCAAGACGAUCAUCAAUUCCUGAAAGCCCAACGACUUGCCAUGGACCCUUCACGUCAUGCUACAUUUGGAAACUCGACACGGUGGAAGACUGACUUCGACUUGGACAAGGUUCCCUGGGAACUAGGCCCAGCUGACUUUGAAGACUGGCUGUGGAAGAGUGCGAAGAAAAGUUCGUCCGACGGUGUUGGAGUCUUCCGCAACCAGUCUACAUUUCCCAGUUUCCUUGGACUGCCUUCCGAGUUCGAGAUAGAACACUACUUCUUCGAAGUCACCGAUGUCGAAAAUAGCGCCCACUACCAGCCACGACGACACUGGUGCUUUUUGGCAGAAAUUGUCCCGUCUAUGCAGUCUGUGCCUUGCUAUAUGAAGGUCAAGGAUGCCUCCGGCAUGAUAAUUCCAUUCAACUUCAUCGGGGAGGCCUGCGGUCGCAAGAUUGCACAGUCAUCCCUUUGCGUAGGGUACACUGUUGCCGUGCUCUAUGCAGAACAACAUGCAGUUGGCCUUCCGGAAUCAGGAAUCAAUCUUAAAGAUCCCCAACAUUUCAGGGUAUUCCCGCUGUCGAUGAAAAACCUUCUUUCCCUCAGCGACAGAGUCUUUGAAUUCUCAGCCGAGACCAACGGAAUGAAGACUUGUCACGGGUGCGGUAAACAGGCCACAUCUAUGAUCAGGUGUGCCAACUGUUUAUUCUUCUGGUACUGCAGCGGGGCCUGCCAAAGAUUUGGAUGGACUGAAAAGGAUCACAAGACAGAAUGCAAGCUACUCAACGAUGGUGAUUUGAAGGGACUCUUGAUGCUCAACGAAAGCACUUUUCAAGGCCCUGUGAAAUUUCCUUUGGCCUCCUGGGCUUAG